AUGGGCAGCGGGGCCAGCGCUGAAGACAAAGAGAUGGCCAAGAGGUCCAAGGAGCUGGAGAAGAAGCUCCAGGAGGAUGCAGAUAAAGAGGCCAAGACGGUCAAGUUGCUCUUGCUUGGGGCUGGAGAGUCAGGCAAGAGCACCAUCGUGAAGCAGAUGAAGAUCAUCCACCAGGAUGGCUACACGCCCGAGGAGUGCAUGGAGUUCAAGUCCAUCAUCUACGGCAACAUUCUGCAGUCCAUCCUGGCCAUCAUCCGUGCCAUGUCCACGCUGGGCAUCGACUAUGCCGAGUCCUCCCGCGCGGAUGAUGGCCGGCAGCUCUUCAACCUGGCCGACUCCAUUGAGGAGGGCACCAUGCCCCCUGAGCUGGUUGACUGCAUCAAGAAGCUGUGGAAGGACGGGGGAGUCCAGGCUUGCUUCGACCGGGCCGCCGAGUACCAGCUCAACGACUCGGCGGCGUAUUACCUGAACCAGCUGGACAGGAUCACGGCCCCCGGUUACCUCCCCAACGAGCAGGAUGUGCUGCGAUCCCGAGUGAAGACCACGGGCAUCAUUGAGACCAAGUUCUCUGUCAAAGACCUGAAUUUCAGGAUGUUCGAUGUAGGAGGGCAGAGAUCAGAGCGCAAGAAGUGGAUCCAUUGCUUCGAGGGGGUGACCUGCAUCAUCUUCUGCGGGGCGCUGAGCGCCUACGACAUGGUGCUGGUGGAGGACGACGAAGUGAACCGCAUGCACGAAUCCCUGCACCUGUUCAACAGUAUAUGCAACCACAAGUUCUUCGCCGCCACCUCCAUCAUCCUUUUCCUCAACAAGAAGGACCUUUUUGAGGAAAAGAUCAAGAAAGUCCAUCUCAGCAUUUGCUUCCCAGAUUACGACGGUCCCAACACGUUUGAAGAUGCAGGAAAUUACAUCAAGACCCAGUUCCUUGAUCUCAACAUGCGAAAGGAUGUGAAGGAGAUCUACAGCCACAUGACCUGUGCCACAGACACGCAGAACGUCAAAUUUGUCUUUGACGCAGUCACAGAUGUCAUCAUCAAAGAGAACCUCAAGGACUGUGGCCUCUUCUGAGCAUCUGGGGGCAGGUACCUGGGAAACUGUUAUUUAGCCACAAAAAAAGGGCUGGGGAAGGGGAGGGGGGCGAAGAUACAGCAGAGCUGGCUCCAUCCCGCUCUGCAGGGCGAUGGGAUUAUUUUGAAUUCAUUGUCAGACCGCUUCAACAGAAAAGAGAUGAAACCAGCAGAUUAUAGCCCAAAUUAUGCACCCGGGCAAAAUAAAGCCAUUUUAUCUCAGGGCCUCCAGUUACCACAACGCGGUCACUGGCGCCACGCCGGUUUGCAACCCGGUUCGGAGGUUGUUACGCAGCCACCAGCUUUGCCACUUUGUUGUUCCAGGGAACCUCCGGCGCUUCCCUUAUCCCUGAACAUUAAUAGAGAAGCAAGAAUUAAAAAAACUCCAAAAAUAAAACAGGCAGGCAGCUUCCUCGCAGGCAGAGACAGGACCGGGGGUGCAGCCCUCGGCUGCCAGCUCUGCAUUGUGCUGCGAACAAAGCUGCUUGCUAAGCAGAGCACUCAGCAGCCGUCAACCGAAAACCUGCUUCUAGCAUCCAGAAAAAAUGAAUACAUAGUGCAGCAAGGCAGCAGGCAGGGAGGGCCUGCCUUCACCUGAGGGUGCAGGCAGCAGCGAGAGCUACAGGGGUUGAUCAGUGGGGGAACACUUGGUGUAACAUUUACACCAACCUGGGUCAGAGCAUUUAAACUGAUGCAUUUUUCCCCCCAUCACCAAGUGUUGUGCAAUGAAAAAGUUGCUUCUCUCAACCCGCCCUUCCUGCACGUUGUACCGUUACAACCUUAACCGCAUGGUUUGAAAAAGUGUUUAACACUCCUCUUCUUCCUUCCUUCCUGCUAGAAGAAGAAAGGACUUCAAUUUCACAUCGCCAUUCUGCUGAGCAGAGCCAGAAGGAUUAACCAAAAAAAAGUUACUCAGACCCCACUUUUUCUAUGACCUGCCCAACCAAGCCGCCUACUUUCAAGCCCAAAAUAGGAAGGGGCUGAAGCUGAACUUCCUGCUCCCUUUCGUGGCC